UCCACUUGUAUAUUUUGUUUUAAUGAAUAUCAAUGUAAUUCUUAAUUAUCAAAUAACAACUGAUAAAUUUCAUCAGAAUUCAACAUUGGAUGAUUUAAUCAAUGAUAUUAAUCGAAAUUCAUCGAUUGGAUGGAAAGCUAUGAAAUAUGAUCGUUUCAUCAACAUUGAACAUCAUAAUUCAUUGAACACAUUUAACAUUAUUAUUGAUGAUCCAGCGGGAUAUUUUAAAAAUACACCAUUUGUUUCUUAUGAAAAUGUUGAAAUAAUCCUACCGGAUACAUUUGAUUCACGUGUCCAAUGGAAUGAUUGUCAAACUAUUGGUAUCAUAAGUGAUGAGUCUAGAUGUUGUGCAAGUUAUGCUAUUGCAUCCGUUGAAACAAUGGCUAAUCGUUUAUGUAUUAAGUCAUAUGGUCAAGCUACAUUAUUAAGUGCUUUCGAUGUGUUAACAUGUUGUACAUAUUGUGGUAAAGGUUGUCAUGCCGGUUAUUAUAUUAUGCCAUGGAAUUAUUGGCUUGAACAUGGUAUUGUUACAGGUGGACCAAAUUUAGCCUAUGCUGGUUGUAAACCAUACCCUUAUCCUAAAUGUCAUCAUCAUGACCAUAAUAAAAGUGAUGUCUUAUAUCCAGACUGUGGACAGAAACGUUAUAAUUUACCGGAAUGUAUUGAAAAAUGUCAAUCAACAUAUAGAAUUAAAUAUAAAAAAGAUAAAUAUUAUGGUAGACAUUAUUAUCGAGUUAGCCAUCACCCAAUCAAUAUACAAAAAGAAAUCUAUCAAUAUGGUCCUGUGGAAGCAGCUAUCAGUGUGUACACUGAUUUCCUGUAUUACAAAUCUGGUAUAUAUCAACAUGCAAGAGGGACAUUUUUAGGUUAUCAAGCAGUUCGAAUUAUUGGUUGGGGUAUAGACAAUAAUCAAUCAUAUUGGUUAUGUACUAAUUCAUGGAAUGAAAAUUGGGGUGAAUAUGGUUUAUUUCGAAUAAGACGUGGACAGAAUGAAUCCAACAUUGAAAGUUAUGUUGUAGCUGGUCAACCAGAAGAUUAACUUGUUACAGUUUUCUUUUUUUUUAAAAAAAAAAAACAAUGUUUUUAUGUUUUUAUUCAAUCGAUUUUUGUAAUAAAACAAUUUUUUAUA